GUGAAAGAUUCCCCUGACAUUUAAUCUUCAUUUAAUCCAGCGAGGUCUGACCAGCUAACAACUGCUGAAACUGGAUUUUUCUACCAAGCAAGAUACAUUUCAAGGCAGCUGUUUUUUCUUUCAUACUUCACAGGAACAUAAUGGAUCUUCAGGAAUACUUCAAGAAAAUCGGCUUCAGCGGAGUGUACGAGAAACCAGACCUCGCCACGCUCCGCACCAUCCACAACCUGCAUGUGAUGAGCAUUCCCUUCGAAAACCUAAGCAUCCACUGUGGAGAGCGAAACACUAUGGAUCUGCAGAUCAUUUAUGAGAAGAUUGUGAGAAACCCUCGUGGAGGAUGGUGCUGUGAAAACAACCUGCUCUUCUCCUGGGUGCUGAGAGAGAUGGGCUACAAAUACACCACGCUGGGUUCACAAGUCUUUAGUAGGGUCAGAAAUGAGUUCAGCUGCUUGGAUGAACAUCUCAUUAACCUGGUGGAGAUCGAAGGCAAGCCUUAUAUUGCUGACGUGAGCUAUGGAAUGUCAUGUCAAAUCUGGUACCCGUUAGAAAUGAUCUCAGGGAAAGAUCAAGAGCAGUUGCCGGGGAUUUUCCGUCUACUGAACGACGGUGAGAGGUGGACGCUGGAGAAGACUGGAAGGAAGCCUCUGGUCCAGAAUGAAGCCUUCACCAAUUACAGCCUUGUUGAGAAACAUGUCAAGAAGAUAAUAUACUCUUUUUACUUAACACCACGUGGGAUUGACCAUUUUCUGAACACAAGCGAGUACCUGCAGACCAGCCCUGAGUCUUUGUUGACCCAGAUGUCCAUUUGUUCCAUCCAGACCCCCACUGGAUUCAGAGCUCUGAUUGGUUGGACCUUCGUAGAAGUCACUUUUCAAGGAAAAGUUUAA